GAAACCCACCGGCUGACAGAGCUGUGUGAGUGCGUGUGUGCUCCAGAGCUUGCCUCGGCACACAUUAUAUAAAAAAUAAAAAAAUACAAAAAAAAAUAUUAAAAACUUUUAAAAAUUACAAAAAAUCAUUUCUUUUCUUUUUAAAUAAAAUUCGGUGAAGCGGGAGGCCUAGAAACAUCGCAACAAACCCGAAGAAAAAAAACCGACAGUUAUAACGGACGUCUGUGAGCUCGCGGAGGCCUGGCGGUUUUACUUGAUUCGUUGAUUUCGAUAUUAUUGCGUUUUCAAACUUCAGUCGCCCUUAUUAUUCCCCAUUUUAAAACAAAGAAUCAAACGCUUUAGUCGGACCUGGGAUUAAUUCUUUUAAACGACGAUAGUUAAUCCUUACCUGCGACCCAAGAGAAAAUGAACCCCAGCGCUCCUAGUUACCCCAUGGCCUCACUGUAUGUGGGGGACCUGCACCAGGACGUGACUGAAGCCAUGCUCUACGAGAAGUUCAGCCCGGCCGGGGCCAUCCUUUCCAUCCGGGUGUGCAGGGACAUGAUCACCCGCAGGUCGCUCGGCUACGCUUAUGUCAACUUUCAGCAGCCUGCAGACGAAAAUAUGCCCUCAAAGAUGGGGAAAAAAAAACACCUGCAAAUUAAUUCUGUAGCUGAACGAGCUCUAGACACCAUGAACUUCGAUGUGAUCAAGGGCAGACCUGUCCGCAUUAUGUGGUCUCAGCGUGAUCCCUCUUUGCGGAAGAGCGGUGUUGGAAACAUCUUUAUCAAGAACUUGGACAAGUCUAUUGAUAACAAAGCCCUUUAUGACACCUUUUCUGCGUUUGGCAACAUCUUGUCGUGCAAGGUUGUUUGCGAUGAGAAUGGCUCAAAGGGGUACGGUUUUGUGCACUUUGAGACGCAGGAAGCAGCUGAAAGAGCCAUUGAGAAAAUGAACGGCAUGUUACUGAAUGACCGAAAAGUGUUUGUGGGGCGCUUCAAAUCUCGCAAAGAGAGGGAGGCUGAGCUCGGAGCAAGAGCGAAAGAAUUUACCAAUGUAUACAUCAAAAACUUUGGGGAAGAUAUGGAUGAUGACAAACUCAAGGACAUCUUCAGCAAAUAUGGUACUGCUAUGAGCAUCCGUGUCAUGACUGAUGAAAGCGGAAAAUCCAGAGGCUUUGGAUUUGUCAGUUUUGAGAGGCAUGAAGACGCCCAAAGGGCUGUGGAUGAAAUGAACGGGAAAGAGCUGAACGGAAAACUCAUCUACGUGGGUCGUGCUCAGAAGAAAGUGGAACGUCAGACUGAGCUCAAGCGCAAGUUUGAACAGAUGAAGCAGGAUCGCAUGACUCGAUACCAGGGUGUCAAUCUCUAUGUGAAGAACUUGGAUGAUGGUAUUGAUGAUGAGCGUCUCCGUAAAGAGUUCUCUCCCUUUGGUACAAUCACCAGUGCCAAGGUCAUGAUGGACGGCGGUCGCAGUAAAGGCUUCGGUUUUGUCUGUUUCUCUUCUCCUGAGGAAGCCACUAAGGCAGUGACUGAGAUGAAUGGCCGCAUUGUGGCCACUAAGCCGCUGUACGUGGCUCUGGCUCAGCGUAAAGAGGAACGGCAGGCCCAUCUCACCAACCAGUACAUGCAGAGGAUGGCCAGUGUCCGUGCAGUGCCAAAUCCUGUUAUCAACCCCUAUCAACCUGCACCACCAUCAGGAUACUUCAUGGCCGCCAUUCCACAAGCCCAGAACAGAGCUGCAUAUUACACUACAGGUCAGCUCGCCCAGCUCAGACCCAGCCCUCGCUGGACCACACAGGGUGUCAGGCCUCAGCACUUUCAGAACUUGCCAGGCACGAUGCGCCCUUCUGUUCCCAGACCUCAGACGUUCAGCACUAUGCGUCCUGCCUCCCAAGUGCCCCGCAUGAUGUCCACUCAGCGUGUCGCUGCUCAGACUAUGGGUCCACGGGCCACAACUGCAACAACCGCAGCAGCUGUACCUCCAGUGCGUGGCGUACCUCAGUACAAAUACGGAUCCGGUGCCCGCAACUCCCAGCAGCACAUGAACACACAGCCUCAGGUUACUAUGCAGCAGCCUGCUGUGCAUGUGCAAGGACAGGAGCCCCUGACUGCAUCUAUGCUUGCCGCUGCUCCGCCACAAGAACAGAAGCAGAUGCUUGGUGAGCGUCUUUUCCCGCUGAUCCAGAACAUGCACCCCAGCCUGGCUGGCAAGAUCACUGGAAUGCUUUUGGAAAUCGACAACUCUGAGCUCCUCCACAUGCUGGAGUCGCCUGAGUCUUUGCGCUCCAAGGUUGAUGAAGCAGUAGCCGUACUCCAGGCUCAUCAGGCUAAAGAAGCUGCUCAGAAAACAGUGACCAACUCUACUGGUGUGCCAAGGGGUGUCGAGCCUUGAAACUUCACCGAGAGGAAAAUGUAAACAUCGCAAAACAACUAAAACACAGAAAACAUCGCAAAACAUCUAAAAACAAUAUUUAAAAAAGAAAUUGCAAAGAGCCAGGUCUAGAGAAGAAAGUUUUAGGCCUAGUUAGGUAUUUUUAAAAAAAGGAAUAAAAAGUGUAAAACAGAAAAAUAAUGUUGGAUCAAAAAAAACAAAAAACAAAAAAAAGAGAGAAAGAAAGAAAAGUUCCAUUGUAUAGGGAAAACAGCCCUAAAGCAUUCCUGCCUUGUUUUAUUUGCUGUUAAAGACUGGCUGUGUCAUGUUCUUGGAAAGGAGGUGGGAACUGACUGAACCAUCAAUGUGAAGUUUAUCUUAAAUUAAAAAUUAGCUUGCUGAAAUAAAGUUAAUUAAAAUGCAAAA